ACCCGUGAUAGGCUCCAUGUAAACAUUCUUGACACCGCCAAUUCCCAAUUCACCAUCCCAUCUUUACUGAUCGACCUUCCGGGAAAGCCAACUUCAUUCACAAAAACAGUUCCGACCUCGUCUUCAAAUAUAAAUCCUCCUCCUUUACCUUCUGGAUCACCCGCCGCUCCCAGCCAGAUGCGUAGCCCCUGUUCGACACCCGGAUCUCGUUCCUUCCCCCCACGCCCAUCCCGCCCAUGAUCUCGACGGACAACUCCACCGCGCUCGACAGCUUCCCACUCGUGCUUGAAUACCAGUACUUGCAGCUCACGCCUGCGCCUGCGCUCGGGACGAACAUCUAUGGCCUGAGAGAAGUCGUCGCGAGCAGCGGCUUCCGCAGAGAUGUCGGCGCUGAUGGCGGUGUCGGGACGAUCCAGACGAUGUGGGCGCAGGAUAUUCCUGAUACUAUUGAGCAGAAAGUAUGGGUACCCUUCCUCGUUUGCCAGGACUAUGGCUCGCACCCGAUCUACCUAGAGCACCGCUACAACGCCACGACCAAGCGUUCACAGACGCACGGCGUCUUCCUCUUCAGCUCCGCCGGCUCCGACGACAUCCUCCUGACCGCGCUGUCGUCUAAUCUCUCCGUCGUCGAGUACCGCCUAAUCUGCGGCACGCUCAACCUCUACUCCUUGUCCAGCCCAAGCCCAUAGGAGAUCGUCAAGCAGUACGGUGCACUGGUCGGCCUGCCGACGUGGCAGCCCGCCUGGGGUUUUGGCUUCCACUUGUGCCGCUAAGACUACUUCAGCCUGAGCAAGACGCGCGAAAGGUGCAUCGUGGUUUUCGCUAUUGUAAGGCGCGGAGGCCGAGGGGCAGGCCAAGUGAUGUGAGACGAUGACAAUUUAUAUCAUGCGGUGAAGAAAGUUACGUCGGACCCAAAGUCGCUCCUGCCUGAGGAGAUGUGCGCCUUUAUCCGUGAGCUUGUGUGUCUCCCCCUCUUGC